GUUUGCACUGGGACGAUCGAUACUUCCUUCUUUUUUUCUUCGCUCAUGUCUGCUGCACGAUUGAACGAAUAUCAGGUUGUCGGCCGCAAGCUUCCUUCCGAGCAGGAGCCCGUCCCCAAGCUUUUCCGCAUGAGACUCUUCGCUCCCAACGAUGUCGUUGCCAAGUCCCGCUUCUGGUACUUCCUCAAGAAGCUUCGCAAGGUCAAGAAGGCUGCCGGUGAGAUCGUCUCCGUCAACCAGAUCUUCGAGAAGCGCCCUGAGCAGAUCAAGAACUACGGUAUCUGGCUCCGUUAUGACUCUCGCUCUGGCACUCACAACAUGUACAAGGAAUACCGUGAGAUGACCCGUUGCGAGGCUGUCGUUGCUUGCUACCAAGAUAUGGCUGCCCGUCACCGUGCUCGCUUUAGAUCCGUCCAGAUCAUCCGCGUUGCUGAGGUCUCCAACGCCGAUGUUCGUCGUCCUUACAUCAAGCAGCUUCUUACUCCCAAGCUUACUUUCCCUCUUCCUCACCGCGUCAUCCGCGCUCAAAAGGGCAACCGCGCUUUGUUCUCUGCCAAGCGUCCCAGCACCUACUACUAAGCGUAUUUGGUUCGUUGCGGCCACGGUAGGGUAUGGUACUUGAAUCAUAUCUUGAAAAUGAAAUAAAAAAAAAACUACCUUCUUUUCAAGUUAUAUA